AUGGCUUCUGCGCACGAACUCCGACGAGCGUCUCAUGAUGAGCGUCCAUUGGGCUCGGCCAUGUUUGCGCCUGGCGUCACACAAGUGAUGGAGCAGUUCCAUUCGACGAGCAAACCUCUCUCAUCCUUCGUGGUUUCUGUGUAUCUUCUAGGGUUUGCUUUCGGACCCCUGAUCGUGGCGCCUCUUUCUGAGCUCUAUGGUCGACUGCCGCUCUACCAUGGAUGCAAUAUACUUUUCACCUUAUCUAACAUAGCUUACGCUCUUGCUCCCAGCAUGUCAUCUUUGAUAAGUUUCCCAUUUUUGGCUGGGUCAGCUGGUAGUGCGCCCUUAGCACUCGGAGCUGGAACUAUAGCAGAUGUCAUGGAACCCCAGCGUCGUGGACUGGCGAUAUCUGUGUGGGCUACCGGUCCCGUUGUUGGCCCCGUGGUUGGCCCGUACGUUGCACCAGCCUUAUAUCCUGCGCCAGUCUCCAGCGGUAUCUGCACCGGAUUCUCAGUUCUAUUCCUCCGUGAAACCUACGCCCCGAUCCUCUUAUCGCGCAAGACAAAGCGCCUGAUUCGUGCUGGCUCCACCAUUGGUCUUCUUGCAAUGGGUCGCUUCUCAGACGUCGUAUCCAAGCACUUGGCUGGUGGAACGAAAGGUCCUUGGAAGCCAGAAUUUCGACUGGCUCUAAUGAUUCCUCUCAGUCUUGCUCUGCCUAUCGGGUUGUUGUGGUAUGGCUGGACAGCAGAAAAGAAGGCACAUUAG